UUAUAUUUUUUUUGUACAUAUAUUAACAAUUAAUUUUUACUUACCCAACCUAAUUAGCUAACCCAAUACCAACAUAACUUAAAUUUCACAAUCCAUUCUUUAUUCAAAUUUUCUAAACCCAAUUCUCACUUCUCAGCCCAACCCAAUUUUUUUUUUGUGAAUCUAAUAUCCUUAUUUCCUAAACUUAAUUGCCCAAAUUCACAAUUUACAGCCCAAUUUACAUAUAACCCUAGCUGCCUAGCAGAAAGACAUUUUACAUUUUUACUUUCAGUCGAAUCAGCCCCCUUUUCUGCUUGCCACUUCUUGCAAAUUCUGAAUUAGGGAUUUCCCACUCCUCUCUUGCCUCUCGGUCGACUUUCCUCUUGGACCUCUCCUCUAAUCCUCUGUCACACUCUUCACUCUCACUCAUGCUCAAACUCAGCCCUCAUCUCCAGAUUCUCCACGGCCCACUAUGAAUCGGACCAAUCGGUGCUUCCCUUCACUCCUUCAACUUUCACCUCUCACCGACUCUGCGACUCACCGUGCCUACUCUACUCUCUCGGUCGACUCACCUUCACAGCGAUACCCUUCAACUCUCGACCUCUCACGGACAGACGGACUCACGGUGCCAUCACUACAGCCCUUGGCCCUUGCUGCCCUACAACUCACCACUCACCUCCAGCUGAGCUCCAAGGCUGGGUCGUCCUCUUUCUCUUUCUAUUGUCGCGUGGCUUCCUCCUCUGCAGCUCUGCCUCAGAUUCUUUUCAAACCCUCCAACUCUAGGUAUCAAUUAGAUGCAGCUUCUAAAGCUACCGUUUUUGUGCUUUGCUUUAGUGAUUCCAACUAGUAUAAUUUAAUUUUUGUGCUUGAGUGCUUUAGUGUUUCUAACUAGUAAUUUUUGUAUUUUUAAUUAGUAAUUUUUAAUUUAAUUUUUGUACUUUAGUGCUUGAGUAUUUUUAACUAGGAGGGUAUACCAAAGUGGGGGUGCAUAAUAACGCUUGACCAUAGUAAUUUUUAAUUUAAUUUUUGUGCUUUACUGGUUUGUGCUUUACUGGUUUGUGCUUUAUUGUUUUUAACUAUUAAUUUUUAAUUUAAUUCAUUUUUAGGUAUCAAUUAGGCAGAAAAAAUGCUUGAUAAAUUUGACAAGUAUUGGAGUGAGGUUCAUGGCAUUAUGGCUCUAGCAACUGUUUUAUAUCCUAGAUACAAAAUGGAGUUAGUAGAGUUUUAUUUUAUUGAAAUUUAUGGAGAUAGAACUAGAGGGGAAAUGCAAAAGGUUGUUGUACUUAUGAUUUUGAUGAUUACAAAACACAUUUGAGUGAUUAAUUGAUUUAUUUAAGUGUGUAGUUAAGUUGCUAAAAGAUUGUAAGUAAACUUGGAUGGCACUA